UUCACUACGAUUCUCUUGAAUUACUUACUUUAUUUUGAAGAUCUCUGAUCUGAACCAGAAAACUUUAUUUUGACGCGAAUAUGCAAGCAAGGUUUUUAAAGUCUUUUAAUGUAAAAAUUGUGUUUUCCUAAUUUAAAAUUUAUCUUUGUUAAAAAGAAAGUCGCCAUAUUGACAUAUCCGGUUCGUAAGGAUAUUAAAUUUGCUUUUACUAACUUCUUCUUGAUAAAAAUUACACUGUGUACUGCAAAAUUUGGGGAGUACGGAGGAAGUCGAGAUGAGAGAAAAAUAAUUUGAAAAUUAGUGUCAAUGAGUUUUAUGAAAAUUAUAGUUUGUCAGCACGACAUUUGAAACCGCUGAAUAUAACUGCAACAAACAAAGAGCGAGCUCUAAAUCCCUAUGAUAUUUUAAUUAAAAAAAAGAACAAAAAAAAAAAAAAAAGAAUUUUGUGCUAAAUCAAUGGAAGACUGCCCUACAGACGCUAGACAAGAGGAAAUUCUUCGCAAUCAAUCGCGACAUUUUCGCGCGCAAGUCAAAUGUAGCGUAGGUGCACAGGCUGACUUGGCGUCAAAAAAAUUGUGUAGUUCAAAAGCGAUAAACACUGAAAAUAGUGAUGGAAAGCAUCAAGAAUUUAUUCAAGAAGAGGUAAUAAUGAAAGCAGUGCACGAGUUGGAGCAAUGGAAGCGACUACAAAUGGAAAAUAUAUUAAAUAAGCUUGCUGACAAGGAAGACGAUUAUAAGAAUGAUUUGAAAAAGCGGUGGGAGGAAGUGCGUGCGGAAAAAUUUGGCCAAUUGAGGGCAAUCAAGAACGAUCAAAUGCAAACGGAAAACGCUCGCCUGGAGAGGGAAAAUGCCAACUUGAAAGCGCGCACUGAAUUAUUAACAAGUGAAUUGAACGAAUUACGCAGCUUGCACAUUUCGCCCGAUUAUUUAUUACAUUUUCGAACUGAUUUGCGUAAACAGAAUACACGCAUUGCUCUUAUAGAAAAGUCGCGUAAGAAUUUUAAAAAACAACUUAUUAAAGCUUUUGAUGAAAUAAACAAAUUGAAAACGGCUUGCAUUGAAUUAAAGGAAAUGGCGUUUAAACGUUCAAUUCGCUCCUUAAGUAAAAAUCAGCUGACCAAAAUAGGCGUUAAUAAGGAAAAAGGCGAUAUGGGAAUGGAAGAAUCAAAUGAUAUUAAAAUCACGCUUUUUGUCUCAUCGGGAAGCUCCUCCGAGUGUAAUGAAAUGUUUGCAAAUAGUUUCGCUGAAGAUGGAAUGGAUGAAAUUAAUGAAACUAAAAUUGUUUCAAUGUAAAUAACGGAUGAAAUUCACUGUAUGGAAACUAUGCUCUAAUUAUAUUCAAUA